CCUCAAACUGAGGUCCAAUAAAAGGCCAAAUGAUCCUCAAAAUGGUUGAGGUUAGGCUACCGCUCAAACGCCUCAAUCAGUACACGUUUUUUCAAGAAUAGAAAGUUACUCGAUCAAACAUUAAAUGAAAAUGAUUCGAACUAUCAAUAACAAGACUGAAGCCGCGCACAAAUUAUAGAUUCUUUGUCACAUGAGAUGUACGCGGAAAAAGCGAUCCGCUGUAUAGCCAGCACACAUGUUGAUCAACUAAAGGGUCUCCAGGUAUAAAAAACCCGUUGGGUUGCAGCCACAGUAGAAACCAAAAGCCAAGUCCUACGGCGCCAUCCUCCUCAUCGUGGAGGAUGAAGCAGAACUUUGAUUGAACAUUUUUCAUCAUCUCCUACUCAUUGGAAGGAGGGGUGAAGCCUCCUCCUGUCGAACAACAAUACGAUAUACACAAAAUCUCAACACAAAAAUUAUGAUUUUCCUUCUCUUCCUUUCUCUCCCUGUAUUUCUUCCGCACCAUCCAAGUCCGGGUCAAACUCAUCAAAACCAGGCAAAUCAGCAGCAAAAUCAUCUCCGUCGAGCGGUUCUAAUUCUUCGAACCCCUCGUCGCCAUCAGGCAAGGGCCCCAUUCCAAGUAAAUACUGCGUUCUGUAUUGUUGCGCCGCCCAAAGAUAUUCAAAAACUUCAUGUUGGUGCUGGAGGCAAACUUCGCCA